UAAGCAUAGUGAUAUAAUCCAAGUAGAAGAAUAGUUUUUGAGAUUUCCUUUUCUCUUUUGCUUUGUUUCUGCAUCGCUGCUGCUUCCAACCUCCUGAGGGGGUUAGGGUUUCGAUUCUCUUCCUCUUCUACGUCCCUAUCUUCUGAUUUUGCUGCUGCUACUGCUCCUUACAAUGGAGGCGAUAGUUGAAGGGGUGAAUAACAUGAACAUCGGUGGCGGGGAUUCCCACAAGAAGAAUCGGAUUCAGGUCUCAAACACCAAGAAACCCCUCUUCUUCUACGUCAAUCUCGCCAAGAGGUAUAUGCAGCAGCAUAAUGAAGUGGAGCUUUCUGCUCUUGGCAUGGCAAUUGCCACUGUUGUAACCAUCGCCGAGAUUCUGAAGAACAAUGGGCUAGCUGUCGAGAAGAAGAUCAUGACAUCGACAGUUGAUAUGAAAGACGAAUCAAGAGGGCGUCCUAUCCAGAAAGCAAAGAUUGAGAUAUUGCUUGGGAAGACAGAGAACUUUGAUGAGUUGAUGGCCGCUGCUGCAGAGGAGAGGGAACUGCUGGGGGAUGGUGAGGAACAUAACUGAAAAAGGAAAAAAUAAAAAUAAAAAUGAAAGGGGGGGGCUUGGCUUGAAGUUUUGCAUGUGGACUGUUGCUUUUAAUUGCAGAUUGGUAAUGGGUUUUUGUGAGUCUUUGAUUUCUGGACAUUGAGCAAUACCAUCAAGAUUGAGUCAUCGAGCUUGAGCUUUUGUGACAUGGAAAGAAUUUUAAGGGGUGAUAAUGUGAUAGAGCAGCUUUGUAGAAACUAAUACUUCACUAUUGAAAAUUCGAUUAUUUUUACCA